GGUGGGUUUUCAUCCAUGCUGUUUCACAGCCUAAUAUUCCGCUUUCAUUAAAGUUUGGCAGUUUGUUGAUUCGAUCUGGAUGCUUCACAUAUCCUUAACAUGCAGUCAAUUUGCUGGUUAGAACUGGAUGCUUCACAGACUCUUAACCAGCAGUUAGCAAUCUCCUUCAAACUCCUGAAGAUCAUGAUGAUAUAUUUUUCCUAUGGAGGCUCUGGCUCUGGCUCUGGCUUGUAUCUCUCUGGACUUAAAUAUGAGUGGUUCUGGAGGAUCCGGAUGAGAUACUUUCUUUUCUGAUCCAGAGCCAUGGUGGAAGAUUGUUGCUUAGAUGAGAAAUGGGGGCUCAAGGACAGAUACUCAAAAUUGUAUCAUCAGAAGAUGGAUGGUAGCAAUGAUAAAAUCAGGGUGAAUGGAAGUUCUACUAAACUUUGUAGAAGUGGGGAUUCUCUGGGGAGAAGAGUGUUGGUGAAGAGAUUUCUGAUCUGUAUGGUUGUUUUCACCUGCUUCUUCUUCAUAGCCAGGCAAUUCAUCGACCUAUUUCAUCCAACUACAGAAAAACUUCUGACUCAAGCACAUCAUCCUCGACUCCUCCGAAUAAGUAACGCAGUAGAAGAAAGAGUUGAGGAUAAGGAUGAUUCUCUUUUUGUCCAAGAUUUGGCCCUCUUUCCAGAUCAUGUAUUGGUGUUUUUGAGUGUAUGUAAUAAAUGUUAUGUCCUGCAGAAAGAGGACUGUGAAUGUGUAUAUAGGGAAACAGGGAGAACCUAUAAAGCUCCAGUCAUGUCUGUGGAUUUGAAAGAACAAGACUUAGAGAUUAUAAGGUGCCCGCAUCCCCCACAGCCAAAAUCUGCACAAGGAUAUAACUUAACUAUAAAUCUCAAGAAAAAGGGAUUGUUGGUCCCUUCAAAUGCCCGGUAUUGGAAUGACAAUUAUAGAUGGAAAAUGCUGGUUUAUGAAGCCUUAAUUGAGGAGGACAAUGCAAUCUUGUUUGUCAAAGGAUUGAACUUGAAAAGUGGCAAGGUUUCUGGCACAGAUAAUCUAUUAUGUGUUUUCAGUUCAGAUCUGGACAGUAAUCUUCUGCAUGAUAAGGAUUUAAAGAAAUUGGAUGCUUCCGGUUUGGAAAAUAAGGUUAUUAAAACUAAGGUAAUAAUGGCUGCUCAAGAAGUGAUCAGAUGUGAAAAGCCUGAGGGCAUAGAUAUACGGGGUAUGAAGGCUUCUGUAUGGGAAUUUAGAAGAGGCUUGUUUCCCUCUGUGGCUCUGCCUAUUGAUAAAAUCAUAAAGAAUGCAAAAGCUAUGAAAACAUUCAGGCCUCUUCAUAAGGUCUGUGCCUGCACAAUGAUUUGGAAUAAAGCUUCGUUUCUGAAAGAAUGGAUUACAUACCAUGGAUAUCUGGGCAUCCAGAGAUGGUUUCUUUAUGAUAAUAAUAGUGAUGAUAACAUAGAAGAAGUGGUGGAUUCCUUGGGCUCCUUUAAUGUGAGUAGAAUUGUAUGGCCCUGGAUUAAGAGCCAAGAGGCUGGUUUCUCUCAUUGUGCAUUGCGAGCUCGUGAGGAAUGUGAAUGGGUGGCAUUCAUGGAUAUAGAUGAGUUUAUAAAUCCUAUAGAAUACAUUCAGAAUGGGACCAUGUUCACUGAUUCUGCUGAAACAGGACCUACCGUAAUGCAAAGGCUGAUUGACAAUGCAACAUCUGUGGACACUAAUGCAUUGAAAAUAGGUGAGAUCAGAAUUGAUUGCCAUAGUUUUGGCCCAUCCGGAUUGACAAAACAUCCAGUUGAAGGUGUGAUAGCAGGUUAUACCUGUAGAUUGAACAGAACAGAGAGACAUAAGUCCAUUAUUCGCCCAUCUGCAUUGAACCUGAGUUUGUUAAAUGUAGUUCAUCACUUCCAUCUCAAAUGUGGGUAUCGUUACAGAAACCUUCCUAGAGGUUUUGCAGUAGUUAAUCACUACAAAUACCAAGUGUGGGACACAUUCAAGGCCAAAUUCUACAGAAGGGUGGCUACUUAUGUAACAGAUUGGCAAGAGAAUGAAAAUGAAUCCUCUAAGGACCGUGCACCAGGACUUGGAACAGAACCCAUUGAGCCCUCAGAUUGGCCUGAAAGAUUUUGUGAAGUUUCAGAUACAUUUCUCAGAAAUUUCACCAUUGAAUCCUUUACAGAUCCUGUCACUCACUUGCAACCAUGGCAGCAAUUAUAAAAAAAAAUGUUUCUUAUUGGCUUUUUACUCAAUCCAGGUUUCAUCAUACAAUGAGCAUUGCUCAAGUACAUGACUGACACUACGCUGGUUGAGCUUCUCAUCUUUUCCCUGGUACAAAUCUGUCCAUCAGAGUACCAUGCAUUUAUAUUUUUUAUUCUUUUUCUUGAAAGGUACUUAUUCUUGCAGAGCUCUCAAAUGCAAUAAAUCAUGGUUCUUUUAGCAUACAACUCUAACUGUAUAUGUGUAUAGCAGCUGCCAUUAAAGAUUGCGCUCUUUGUAAAACAUUGGCAGCAUCAACUUGAGGGCCUUGAGGAAGAAAAUGCUGAUCUACCUUGAUUAGUCUAGUAUCAUUGCAUUUAGUGUACUUGAAAAGGUGUCUGUGGAGCUCCAUGUUCACCAAACAUAAAUGUACAAGAUAAUUAAAGCUGAUUGCAACAAAAAGAUUGGCUGUAAGCAAAACUUGGUUUAA